UGACAUUUGGAGGGGCGUGUUCGGACGUCACCGAAAUAUUGGCAGAGAUGUCAGCAUACAGACAUUUGGCGCAGAUAUCUUAUGCCUCCCGUUCACUGGCCUUAUCAAAUCGCGAGAAGUUUCCCACUUUGUUUCGCGCCCUUCCAUCCGAGUCCGCGAGGAACCUGGCUCGAGUGGCUUGGGUAAAACACUUUGGCUGGCAGAGGAUUGCCACCAUGUUUGAAAAGACAAGCACUGAUCUGGCAUCGCAAUCCAAUAGCCAAGUCAUCAGAGAAUUGAAGGAGAUAAAUCGAACAAUUCUCCAGUCAGAAGAAAUCACAGGACAGCACAUUGAGCUUGACAUAAUAAAUCUUGUGAAAAACGACGCCAGAAUUAUUGUUGGAACAUUUUAUGAGGCUAAGGCGCGGCGCGUGUUCUGUCAGGCUUACAAGUCAGACCUGUAUGGAGCCCGCUAUGUCUGGAUUUUGAUUGGUACCUACUCUCACCACUGGUGGUCGGUCCCAGACCCCUCCGUGGGAUGCACUAAGGACGAGAUGAGGAAAGCUGUGGCCUACACUUUCAUAUUUAACAACCAAAUAUUCGUGAGCGAAGACAAAAAAGAAGCGCACAAUAAAACUCUCUCGGGAUUGACAACCAACCAAUUCUACAAACAAUACAGAGAUGUGUUACACAAGCUGAACGUGUCUUCAGCGCCUAACAUCACUGCCUACACAUAUGACGCCCUGUGGACGGUGGCUGUGGCACUGAAUAAAUCCAUCCCUAAACUAGACACCAUGGGUCUGAGGUUACAAGACUUUUAUUUAAACAAAACUGGAAUGACAAAUUUGUUUGUACGAACAAUUCAAGAUAUCCACUUCCUUGGGGUAACGGGAGAAGUUGCUUUCUUCUCUGAUGGUGACCGAUAUGAUGGUAUGGUGGAAAUACUUCAGCAACAUCCAGAUGGCCAUGCAGUUCGUGUCGGUUAUUAUGACGCACUUGUCAGAGAACUACGACUGGUUGGAAAAGGAAAUUUGUGGCCAGAUGGUAAAAUUCCUCUUGACAAAACCAUCACCGUCACAAACUUUGUACAAAUUCCUUUGUGGCUAAUCGUCUUAACAAGUGUACUGAGCUCUCUAGGGAUUUUUUUGGCACUGUUUUUUUUGGGCUUUAACUUGCGCUUCCGCAAGAAAAGGUAUAUAAAACUGUCGAGCCCAAACCUCAAUAAUGUUAUUUUGCUCGGUGGCAUUCUGAUGUACACGACAGUGCUUUUGUACGGAUUAGAUGGGAGACUUUCGCCACUUUCUUAUAAUUACGUUUGUAGAGCGCGAUUCUGUUUGCUGUCUCUUGGAUUUACCGUAGGAUUUGGUGCCAUGUUCUCCAAGACUUGGCGUGUCCACCAGAUUUUCACGAACAUCAAGAAAAUCAGAAAGGUAGUCAGUGAUUUCGACCUGUUCCGCUUGUUAGGAGCGCUAGUGUUUGUUGAUGUUCUGUUACUUGUUACGUGGAUGACUUUGCACCCACCAAACAGAAAAGUAAUCACGAAUGAAGGAGCCCAGAUUUCUUUCGAUCGCGAUCACAAGAUUGUUCUUUGCCGUGAGGAAUGUGUGGGCCCCCAUUUCACGGUGUGGAUUAUUGUGUUCUACACGUUUCACAGUCUCCAGCUCGUCUUUGGUUUGUUCCUUGCAUUUGAAACACGCAAAGUUUCGAUUCCAGCUCUGAACGAUUCUCGUUUCAUCGGUAUGAGCGUGUAUAACGUGGUCCUGCUAUGUGCAGUUGGUGUUCCUGUGUCUUUCUUCACGAGCAGUCAUCCCACUGUCAGCUUUUCACUUAUCUGUGCUGUCAUUUUGUUUUGCACCACGCUGACACUCGGAAUUCUGUUUGUACCUAAGGUCAUCCAAAUAUACAAGGAUCCGGAUGGAAAUCCACUGAGGCGAGGUGGCAAACAGUCCAGUGCUUUGUCACAUGGUACACCAUAUACGCGGUCUAUGGAAGCUAUACAGAAUCACGCUAUGAUAGAGGAAGAGAACAAGAAAUUAAGGAAGCAAGUUGAAGAGCUGGAAAUGAACUUGAAGAGGAUUGUGCAAGGUCAGACUUCGAGAAGGGAACCUGCUAGUUGUCAGGACGGCGAAGAAACAGAAGAACCGCGGGCUAUCUUUGGCUGUCUUUCACAGAAGACGCAUCAAGAAUGAUCGAACUUUAGGAGGUCCCAAUAUGAAACGACCGAGGAGUCUUGGAAAGCACAAGAAAGGGACGAUGACAGUACAUUGGAGACAGAAGAAACGAAUUAAACGCAAGACUGAGAAAAUAAAUGACUCUCUUAUGGAACUAUAUCUGUCACGCGUAAGGAAGUCUGGAGACUGUUUCCAUGUGGACGAGAGAGAGAAAUUCGUUUUCUCUUCUGUAUGCGUUAUAAAUGAUUUGAGAAACAAUGAAAUAAUACCAAUAUCUUAAGCCACCGGCAUCCUACGCAGCAGCAACAUGAAACAAUGAAACAAUACCAAUUUAUUACACGACUCGGGCAGU